AUGGCAGCAGACGGACUGGCUGCAGAACCAUGGACAAUGACACCAGCACUGGUCAGGGCCACAGUGGACUGGAAAGCUGCUUACAGUGCCAAGAACAGUCUUCUUACGCCUGCAGAUCCAGACGACCUCCUGGGUGAUUCGCUUGAUGACCUGCUUCCAGAUGAAACCAGGCCCAAACCUAAACCCCAGCAGAGCAAGUCUGACAAAUCUGUGCCGUCUGCAUCAGCAUCUUCUGUCCUCAAGAGCCAAAUGACAAAGACGUCUAAAAGGGAUGACAAGGAUGACCUGCUUGACGCGCUUGGAUUUAAGAGACCCAAAAAUGAUGCCAAGAAAAAAGAAGCUCCACUUUGGUCUUCCAAGGAGAGCGAUGCCCCUCAGAGACCACGUACCAGAAUCCAAGAUAUUCUGGAGACCUCAGCCCAAGCCCUGGAGCGACCACCCACAGGUGAGAGGAGGGACGAAAAGCUACCGCAGGAAAAAAACUCUAGUCUGAAAGAUCCAUUUGUGGAAGAUGACGUCACAUUUGGGUCCUACCAGCCCACAAUGUUGUCCACCCCCGAGGGGCGCCAGUCCCGCAGACAGUCUGUCAGAUUUUCUACAGAGGAUGUCAGAGACUCGACCCCAGAGAAGAAACCACAUCCCAGCACCACGACAACCAGCCGGUACCGAGGCUCAGCAGAAUGGAUUGGUUUGACAACAAAUGACGAGUUUGACUAUUUAGAAGAAGGUUCCAAAGCAAUGAAAAGUUCAGCGGCAUCUCCAAAAGCCCCCUCCUCUCCUGUUCUCGUGAGAAAGUCUUUGUUAACCGAAAGUCAAGCCACAUCUAUUGCAAAAAUGACAGGAGAUGCUCCGAACUCCAAUCAGAGCAGAUCUGAGGUUUCUAAAGACAAGAGGAAAGAUGAGGAGGAGCAGCAUGACUGGUUGGAUGGGGCGCUGAGCAGGAAGAAGGCUCUGUCGGAGGCAAAAGCUUCCAAGCAGAAGGACUCUCUACAGAUAGAGUCGGUUGUCAGUAACCAAGACAAGACACAAACUUUCAGAGACAGAGAGGAAACUUUCCCAUCUGUCGGAGACACUAGGUAAGGUCUUUAUUUUCCAACUACAUCAGAUCAAAUCGUUCCACCCUUUAUGUGCAAUAAAGGGUGGAACAGCUUGGAGGAUCAGCUUCAGAGGCUGAAGAGAUUAAAGGAUGAAGAGAUUGAUGCUGUUACAAGUGCAACAUCUCAAACCAGAUCUCUCACAGGGGUGAUUGGGCAGAUGGAGCAGUUCUCUUCCCGACUUGGAGAGCUCUCUUCUCGAGUGGAGAGCACACACGAGUACACCGCCCACGGGUUGGAGCAAGGGGCACGGCACCGGGACGAGCAGCUUCGAAUGAUGCAAGACCGUCUGGCCCAGCAGCAGAAAGCCAUGGCAGAGGAGAGAGCUUGCCUCAAGGAAAUCAUUUCCAGGAUGGACACUCAAAUCAGUGAGCAGCAAAGGCAG